CAAACGUUCUUUAUUUUCUGAGCGUUGUUGUCGUUUUGUUCUGGACAACUACACACUAUACUCUGGUGAAUUUAAGUCAGCGAACUCAAAGUAGAAACUAAAAAUUUGGCACAAGUACAAGCAUAAAUCUAGUAACCUAUUCUUAUUUAUGAAGCGAUUAUUCUCCAGAUUAAAUUUCAAAAACGUGGCUGAUGGUUCUUGAAGAUCUUUUUGUACAGGUAAGCAGCCGUAACUGAGUUUAAACAUCAGUGUCGGAUCAAUGUUGGUUACAAGUGUAAAACGGUUGUUUUUCUAUCUGUACAUCAUGAUUUCCUAUAAAAGGAUAAAUGAUCACUCGAUUGCUAUUUAACUUGCCAUUUCUGUCCACAACAGAAAGCAGAAGCAAGAGACGUGCCUAAUGACCCGGCAGUUCACUGUCACUAAAGCUUAUUUUCUUGCAGUGUGCUUGCUGUUGUACUACCAAUGUAAGUAAACAUUUUGCUGGUGUUUAAGGUUAAGACCCCAAUACUGUAGCUAAGAAGAGCCGAGGCAAGAAGUCAACAUGGUUUCAUUAUCAUUACGUUUUCAUGUAUCCAAUAAGAAACUCUGGCUCCAAAUCGCUGUCAAAAGGCUGUCCAGCAAUGGCGAUUCCUUCAAUUCUAUUCCCUUAAUUCACCCUUGAUUUCAUUGUGACGUCGUUUUUAUCGGGUUCAUUUUGGAUAUUUUUGUUGAAAAAGAGAGAUAUCUGCGGAAUAUAGCCCUUCGUGCGUUGAUCCCACAUCGCGACUUUUUGGACAUGGGGUGACAGGUUUUAGGGUGGAUUCAUUUGCAACAUACGCGUAUGGCUUUCGUAUUUGCCUGCUGGAAUUUUUGUAUUGUUUUUAAGCCUAAAAACAAUACAAAAAAUUCCCGGGGUCAAAUGCUACAGCUAUACGCGUAUGUUGCAAAUGAAUCCACCCUUAGUCUUGCGACUGACGUAAAAACCAAAGUAUAGGAAUCUGAUUCCAGAUGAAAUUCGGGCGUUUAGAUCUUUUGCUUUAGUUGCUUGGAGAUAAAAAUCAAGGGACUUAGACGCAGAAAAAACAUCAACAAAUUCACAUUUUACGAUAAGUCCAGGAAAUGGAAGAUAUAGAAUCCAGGUUGCAUGGUAUCCACUACUAACAUACGAUCAGCCUUAUUAGAACAGGGGCACCCAACGACAAUAUAGUUCAAAACAUAUGUUCAAAACCACUAAAACAUAGCAUUGUUAAACGUAUUUUGGUAUUUAAACGGUAGAUAUAGGCAUAUUUUUAUCCCCUAAAAAUCUGUUCGGAUUUCCUAGCUGAAAGUCUAGUGAUCCGAAAAUUAUAGGGAUCAAAACUUACCUUUUCGAAAAUUUCAGCCAGAAAAAGGGCUCCCGAAAAUUCUAGGUGACCUUUUUAGGGUAAAAAUCCGUUAAAAAUAGGCAAUUAUACCAUAUUUUAGAUGUUCGAAAAUCCUAGGAGAAGCAGGCAAGCAAGAAAUUUUACAACAAAUGUUCCGAAAAUUCUAGAUCUCAAAUCGUCUUCCGAACAGAUAUUUUCCCGAAAAUUGUCGUUGGGUGCCCCUGUUAGAAACCCUAUCAUUAAAAUAGCCUAAGUUCAUGACAGCGUACAGUAGCUUACAGUUGAACCUCUUUUUUGACAACGGCCACCUUGGGAACAGAAGAAAGCGGCCGUUGUGGAGACGUUACCAUUAAUGCAGAUUCGACUUUAUUUCACUGGGUCCGGACUGGAAAAGUAUAUCGUUAGUAUUAUUUCUCAACAAUGGCCUACUCGACAGACCGUAGUUAAGAUGGUUUUGUCAUUAAAUCCCUCCUCUGAUCUCUAAACUUGCCACAAAUUCAAACUCCUUUUGCCUUCAGUGCUAACCCGAAGGGAUUCUUCUGAUUCUUAAUCUCCCGAAAAGCUCGAUUUAGGAAACGCUUGACAUAUCAAACUUAAAAAAUGUUCCUUUUCUUUUUCUCAUUUAGAUGCUCAAACUGCCGGGAAAGUGCAAAGCGAAAUCCAACAAAGAGAUCUCAACGGGCUUCUGAAAAGUAUGCUACACAUUACGGAACACACUUGCCAUAAACUUUCGCGACCUUUUAAUGACACUUUGUCAGGGAGAUAUAAAUACAGGACUACUGCAAUAACCUGACCAUAUUUUAGACCAAAUCAUACGGUUUUCCACACCCGUUUUCAGACUUCUAUCAAAAUAGUCUGUCGGUUUCACGCCUGGCUUCUGAAAAUUGUGCAUGCUUUUACGAAUCCACUACCCUAUCCAAGCCGAGUGAAGGCAGUGAAGUGAAUAUAUUUGUCAGAUCAGAUUGCUAAAAUCAGCACCUAUUUCAUACCAACAUGGCUCCAAAACCCAUUUCCUUUACUUGAAGUCAACACGUAUAAUAUACCGGCCUAAAUAGUUUAUAUAGGGAAGUACGUUCUAGACGUGAGGAAAACUCGUGAUGUGCGAGCAAGGUUUGUCAUCUGAUAGACAUCUCCCAAAUGAUUCCGUAGCUGGCAACCAUCUGCAUCUAUUCACAAGGAACAAUCGAGAAACGUUUGAUCAUAAACAUAGAUUGUUUCUCCGGAAGGUGGCUUGGAGCGUUCUUCCACGACAGCUUACAUACUGAAAAGAGACCUCAUGGAUACGGCACCUAAGAAAAUGUUCCAAAAAAAUACAUUUGUAGGAUAAAUUCACCUAUUCGGGUUGUUUUGUUUUUCCUUUUUUUGUUUCUUUCUCUUUUCGUUUAAUGCAUCUUUUUUGGCACGUUCAAUGCGUACCAGGAAUAAGAUAAUUUUGGGUUAGGAUUUAAGCUAAAAACCGUUUAAUGCAGUAAAUUUAGAAAGGAACUAAUAGCUUUGACAUGUUUCCUUGGGAUUCUGCAAAUCAAUUAUUUGUUUAUUAUUUCUCUCCUAUUUUAGGUAAGUUCAUCACGUUUGCGCGACAAGGUUUUCUAGAACAUAAUAAUUUUCGCGCUCUUCACCACAUAUCCCCGCUCAAAUGGUCUGACAAGCUGGCCAUACAGGCCCAGAAACUCGCCUACAAAAUGGCGCUCAAGGGAACCAUUCAAGUCCCUGGUAUAGAUCUAUUUGGAGAAAACCGUGCAAAGCUCUCCGCGGUCAAUUUCGACUGCGAGACAGCUGGGGAAGAGGCAACGAAAAUCUGGUAUAACCAGGGCAGUAAUUACAGCUAUGCGGAUCCGCGGCUAAACAGCAAUACGGACUCAUUUACCCAGGUGGUCUGGAAAGGAACUCGUGAAGUUGGAAUGGGCUGCGCACAGAGAAAGGGAACACUUAGCAACGAGAUAUUUGUAGUGGCUCUAUAUUAUCCCCCAGGGAAUAGCCCACGCGCCCUGCGAGAAAAUGUGGUCAGCCCCAGUAAGAAUGUGAACGAUGCUUAUUCAUCGAUAUUUCGUCGGCGGAAUCAAAUGUAUCAAGUCGAGCGCAGGAAAGUUCAACAACAUGCGCACACGUGAAAAACAUGGCAGUCAAUCAGUGCAGUUGGUUCUGUUUUUUGUAGAUCAAUAUACACUGAGCUUGAUAUUAAAAUAAAAUAUAGACCUUCAUGUUAACCUCGCGAUCAUGAGACACCGACUUUCAUUUGGACAGAUAAACUGAUUCUCUCACUCAGCCAGUCUGCGAUAGCGCGGGAUUGCCUUUCAAAACCGGUCGAAAAUUUUUGCGUGUGUUUUCUUUUUCUUUUGUGAUAAAAUGGGGAGUGAGACAUAUUUGUCUGCUUUCUCUGCUUGCCAAACAUAUACGUUGGAUGAUACAGAUGACUCUCAGUGUUUAGGAGACCAGGAAAAGAGAAUGGAUUCAAGUGAUUCGAUGAGAAAAACAUUUAAAACAGUAUGCUAAAAUCUUGGACAGAACCAGAGGCAUAUAUGCUUCGGACAGAACGAAAUGGAACAGCAAACCCCCAUCCCCCCAAUAUCAAGGGUAAAGUCACGCGAAAGACAAAUGCUCCAUUUCCUAUCCUUGAUUUAAAUGGGGGGGCGGGGUCUAAAUUUUCUAUGUAUAUUGUCCAAGGUUGUAGUCUCACGGUAUAGAUCUUAAGUUUCCGUCACUUUCAAAUAAAAAAAGGUUUAACAACUUAAAUAAGUCAGUCAUAUCUACUUUUUUUAAUUUUUGAAGUUUUUAAUUAAAUAAGACGAUUUUCUCCACACUGAUUCUCUCCUCCCACGUGUGAAAUGGAUAACAGCAAUAUAAUAUAAAUGCUGACGAGGGUGAGACCUAGUGUACUCUCUAUGACGGAAUUGUAAUACCCCACCUUCAUCAUUCAUAUCACGAUCAAAACGGGUUGAUAGUCACUAGUAAUUUAAUAUUAGUCUCCUGUUCCUUGCGUGUUUUUUUUUUUUUUUUUUUUUUUUUUGACUUACUUUUAAUUUCCCUGCGCUGCGAUCGAUUUUUACACGACGGGGAUAUUUUACAUCCUUGUAUCGCGUGUCCUUUCCUUUUACCCAAUUAUAAACCAGUUAUUGAAUAGAGCGAAAAUUGGGUAAGGGGUGCCCAAGAUUAUUACUUAACGAAGACAUUAAAGAUCGAGGAUAGUUAUUUAGAUGUCGAUAAAUAGACCGCAACAACGAAAAUAUCUAAGGAAUUGAGGUAGCAGGCUAGACGCGUUACCAACAUACUAACCUAUGCAGUCCUAGGUCAGUUUCAAAAGGCGAACUUCGUUCAUGUCCCGAAUUUAAUGUUAACGAGGAAAAGAUAUUGUUCAUUCCCCAGGCUUAAAAAAUUCACUAUCACACCUACAUCACUAGCAUAUGCCCCUAUUUACUUCCGUUCCUAGCAGUAUACUGACUGUUUGUCCUAACCAAGCUUUGGCCUCCUGAUCCCCUCGCAUGAGUUGUAGCUUAGUGAUAGGGAAUCUGGACCAGUAAACAAGAUGGUUAUACGCGCGACUCCUCCUGCAGGGAGAAACAUGGAUUUUGAUUUCCCUGUUUCACUACCUAAAGAAACAACACUCCCGUUUGGUUUAACGUUGUUAUUCCGAAAUACGACUAUAAUCUACGUGGAUAAAAAAUUAUUUUCUGUUGAGUCUUUCUCCAAUGUGGUGAACUUGAAUUAGAAGCGACAGCAUUUCUUGUUUAACAACAUGUACCAAGAUUGAUCCCCCUCAUAUUUGUAAAUAGUAUGCGUGCUCCGUUACACGCGGAAAAAAAGACGUCGUCCCUUUUUCCCGGCGCGUGCAGUAAAAGAAAUAACAGGAGACGUCUGCAGGCAGACUACUUUUUAAACUAUUUUAUUGCUUAUACCAGGCGUUAAUGAACGGUUGUGUGUGCUACACCACAGCAACAGUUCAAGCUUUAUGCUUGUAGUUUUACAAGCAGUUGUCGAACGAUUAUGCACUUAGUUCACUUUUUAAAAAUAAACCAAUUGAAAAGGAGAUUUGAACUUUACAAGAGUCAACAAUAGCAUAUUUGAACUUGCAUUAAAAGCUUUUUGCAAAGUUCUCCCAUCUCUAGUUUCUAUUUUCGUUCGAUCCACAUCUGCAAGAACCAUUCCUGUUUUGCCAUUAGCGAACAACCAGAACAACCGAUAGAAUUGGAUUAAAAAUUGCUCGUGACGCAAGACGAGUUUAAUAGGUUAAUUUAGGUGAAAACGUCUUUGCUUGCACAUACAUUUUUAAUCAUGACAAUCAUGGCCUUCCCCCUUUAUCUAUUGUAAUUUAUAAUUGUUCUUUUUUAAAAGUAUAGGCAUGUAGUAUUAACAAACUAGUGCCGGGGUGCUGAAAUGCCGUUACAUUAACUACAAGGUAAGUUAAUUUCAUAUUAAAAUAAAACAUCAAAGAUAGCUUCUCAAUAUCCCGUACACUAACUUAUCAUCCGCAACGACCGUAAUAAUAUUUAACAUUUUACGAUUCAGUUUCCGAGCUGUAUCUUCUAGAGUUUGUAGUUAAUCUCCGACACAGGUCAGAAAACUGUUUUCUUUUUUACCUUGUAGUUAUAAGGACAAAUGUAGUGCUGGUUACUUCUCCUGAUUCGAACAAUACUUUUACCUGUAACACAGUGUUUAGUCCGCAUUCGACUAGAAAAUGAUAUGCCAAGCCUUUCCACAAAUUUUUGUCCAACGAGCAAAACGUUGAAACGAUUACUUGCAGUGAAAACGCAUCCUUGUCAGUUUACUUUGACUCAUGUUUUGAUUCCAUGUUUUGUCAGAAGCGUAACUGGCAAGAAUGAGAGAUGUGGAAAACCUGACAUACAGACCACCCGUGAUUGUCCACUUUUCCAUGUCACUGCGUGUUUAUUUGUUUAUCGUUCAUAUGAAUUAGUCAACUGAACCGUGUGUCUCUUAGCGAAGACCUUUGUAAACGUCUGUCGCAUCGCGGUUGCCAUUUGUUUAUGACAACCGCGAAGACAGCAACUCUUUACUACUGAUUGAAAUACUGAGCUAGUUUGUGAUAAAUAAUUAUAUGCUAUGUAAAUGAAUAACGGACACGGAUUUAAUCACAGUUUUCUCGGUCAAUAGUUCAUGUAUGACCAGUGCGUUAGCGUUUUCACUGUAAAACGUUUCCAUAUUAAGGCGACAAAAACCGAUGAAGACUAACAAAUUUCGUUGUUGCGUGAGAAUAUAGGACGCACACAGGAGUUUGCUUCUCAGAUUGACAUGUACUUGUUGUAAAUGUUGCAAAUUUUAAGGAUAUGUUACUUCAGCUGAUCAUGCUUAUUAAAUCACAAUGUUUUUAUGUAAGUUGCAAAUAGUCCAAAAAAAGAAAUAAAGGUAACAAUGUACUAAGUGUUGCCCGGAAAUUCUCAAAGUCGCAUACGAGAAUUGCUAUUGGUGAUUUUCCAACUGUACCGCCCGAAGGAUAAAAAAAUGCGCUGUCGUCCUAGCUAAAGGCCAAAAAAAGUCUUUUGAUCUUAUUUAUCUAUCUUUUCUGGGCGAUUUGCUCGCAAGUUUGCUGCUUCGCCACUUGGUUUUCAAAUGAUUGUCACCGUAAAUCAACUUCUGGCACCCAGGAUAUAAGCUUAAUAAAUUUUGCUACUUGCGUUUUUCACAGCUGCCUGGUACCGCAGACUUUUAAUUUUAUUCUGUUGAUCCGUUUUAAUUUGAUUUUUAUGUCAGAUGGAGUAGAAACGAUGAGGAUUAUGGAAGUAAGUUAUUUGCUCUUUUUUCAAGCCGCUCUUUAUCUGGCAAGGGCUGCAGGUGAGUUGCUAACUGCUAAACUGAACAAUGAAUACCUUUGAAGGGAAAAUGGCAAUGAGCUCGUAAAAGAGCUGGAUCUAAGCUGUACAAUGGCAGAAAGUGUAAGCAGUGAGAAAAAAGUAAAAUACUCUCCUCCGGCUUGCGCCGUUCUUUAAUUUGUUUUACGAUGUAUUUUUGUCUUAUCUAACUGUUCAUGAAGCGGUUUCAGAGAAAUUAGGCUAUGCUUUCGAAGGGCUAUCCGGUAGAGCAUGAAUCCGAUAAUUAUGCGACUCUCGGCGUGUCGCAGCUUCAAUCCGUUACAGAAUUCGCGCCAAAAUCGCCGUUUUUGUUUGUACAGGAGCCUUAUCCGGCCAUGGUUUUCGUGAAGGGACUGAAGGGGGGAAAGCUAUCCGGUAGAAGUAUGAACAUAUAACGUAAAUAGUUUUUUUCAGAUGAUUCCAACGAGUAUCAGAUGACAAAAGCUUCCAAAAAGUCAAUCGAACUACAGACGGCAUAUGUGUACAGGACAAACUUGCCAAGGAGACAUCAUUACUCAGGUGAGUGCAGUUAAUGUGGUCCGCAAGUCCGCAAGCAAAAGGUUGGAUUCAUGGUACGCAUAGUAUAGUCUGAAGGCCGGGAAAAGCACGCUCAAGGGUGUAAAUGGAAGUUUAAUGUUCAACUAUUGCGCUACUGCUACUCCGCUGUGUUUUUUAGUUGUUUAAAAACAACCGCCAUAGCAGCAUUUUAUUUACUCUAUUGCCAUUCGAACUUAACCUGCUGCUAAUAUAGUCGCCUCUCAUCGCUCCCCGCCGUUGGGACAUAUUACGAGCGAGAGACGUCUGCGUUUUCAGUCAGCGAGAAGGGUUGAGAGGUGGUUGUAUCUGCAGGCUUAAUUAGACUCUUCGAUGGAUAGUUGGGUUCUUCCUUUAUAAAUGACGAUCUAUGCCCUGAGGUGUAUAUAGUCCCAGAUUCCACGGGCAAGCUAUGUGGCGACCGACGAGAGCAACGAGUGAACUCCUUUCGCAUACAGUGCUGCACCUAAAGCGAUAUCUCCUGAAUGGAAAGUAGUUUCUAGUCUUUGUAGCUUUGUGAGUUUCGUGCAUUGGCCAGCUGCUAACAGAUUAAAGAGAGGUUUUCGCUUUAAGACAGCACACGUCACAAAAACAGCUGAACCUGUUACAGUGCAUGACUCUCUAGAAAAGCUGAAUAGAACAGGCAGAAACAGUCAGACCUUUUUCCCGACUUGUUUUUGCUCUGGACGCCAAACAUCCAAUUCGUUUUCUCUCUGCAUCUUGACUUGGACUGUCUGGAGAAACGCUAUCUAUAACUUUAUAUCUGGUGAUUUGUUGAAUUGAGGGGAAAUCUGCUGGGGUUUUUUCUGCUUAAUUUGAUAUUUUUCUUUUGGUAGUGAUUUUGGGAAGUAGUGGUAAGAGUAUUGUUGGACCAAUGGUUCCAGAGUCUGGAGAUGAACAAAUUCAUCGAGUACAGGGAUUUAUACUCAAACCAGACUCUAUCAACAUAGGUUAGUAAUCAGUCAUCUUUUCUGUUCACUGAAACACACCAGGAAACUCAGCAAGCGACCAUUCACGACGACGACGGCGAUGAAAAAUUCACUUAAAGAUUAAAAAAAAAGGAUUUGCGUUCUUUCAAACUUUGUCGCUCUUAUUUGGCCGUCUCACUUGGCUGAUCGAGUGUGAGUAGGCGAGUUUAGAUGUAAACUGUACCGAAUUUCAAAUUUGUGGUCGUGCGUUCGCGUCCUCGAUGAAACGUCGCAUAAAGAAGUUUCACGUUUAAAUCGUCCAGUGACGUCAACGAAAUGUACCUAAAAGUAUGAUGCACGUUGUUGUUUAUGCUGAUAAAAACGACUUGUUUACGUAUUCUUUGCUGUCAUCCUGUCGUGGUUGCUUAAGUUCAACCUCCAUGAGCGACCACCUUUUGUAAGCGACCAGUUAAAGGCGUAUAAUAGGAACCUCGUACUGUAAACGACCACCACUCAUAAGCGACCGCGACCCUGACUGUUUGGCUUGACGGUUUAUCGUUUUCCAUUAUUUUUAACCUCUCGUAAGCAAGCACCUAAAGCUUAUUUAUAUUUAUAUUUUCCGAGCAGUUUGUUCCACGCCAUUCAGAAAAUAGAAAGAAAUCUAAUAAUCUACAUGUAUAUGCAUAACUUAGAAAAUGCAUGCAAUAAAUUCUCUGCUAAAACGAUGCUUGGAACCCAUUCUCGUAGGAGACCCCCUGUUGUUCGAUUCUCGUAAGCGACCACUAAAUCUUCGCACUUUAAUUACGGGAGGUUCGACUGUAUGCCGGACAGCUUUUCACGUCGAUAAGCCGAAGCUAUCCAGUGUCAAGAUUAUGAAAACCUGUUCACGCUGCACUAAAGAGUGGCCCAGAAACCUAUCCGAUAUAAAAUAUGACGAACUGAUUUUCAAGUUCGGCGAGGCACCAGCUUCGCUCCUUUAAUAGAGAAACCGCGCCGAAAUCGCCAUUGUCAUGUGUGAAUAGAAACCAUGUCCGAUAUGGUUUUCUUCAAUGCUGUCGCAGGAGCUCUAGUGUCCGUGUAAACAUAUAUAGCCUCGCUAAUCAUGUACCGUCAUUGUCGUACAAGAUGUUUUUAUUUUAGGCAGCCCCAUAGAAUUUGCCGGUGCGGCACUAAACAGGCACAAUCGUUAUCGCCGGUAUCACCAUUCUCAACCUCUGAGGUGGUCUGAUAGACUAUCGACACAGGCGAGUAAACUGGCUUAUCAGAUGGUACAGCAGUACAAGAAGAAUAAUGAGGCCAAGAGAUUUCAGGUGCCGUCUGAAGAGGAGGAGAGUGUGGGAGAAAACGUGGAAAAGUUCCUGGGCGAAAGGUUCGGCUGUGACGCCACUGCAGUAGAGAAAGCCACAGAUAUGUGGUAUCAGGUACAGAGACGUUUCUUUAACCCUGCGCUUACCAUUUGUCCGUAAAUUUCGGUGAGGAUUACCAUACAAAAAGUAAGGGCUACCUCUUACUGCCACUGAAGACUGAAGACUUGAAAGCUGCGUGAUUUACCUACAGUCUUGGAUUCUGAAUUCCAUUCGUUAGCGGGUUUCUGGAUUCCUUGAGAUGUAUUUCGGAUUAAGAAACCUAGGAUUCCCGCCGGAUCCCUGGCAAAAUUUUCCGGAUUCCCUUAAGCUGGGCAAAUACAUUUCUUUUUUGGCUAUCAUUCAUAGUUUUUCAGCUUAUUGCCUGUAAGAAAGGGGAGCUAUUGUUCAGUACUGUUUUGUCUUCAGUUGAAGUGAUCGUUGAUAGUAGAGAACGAUUACCUAAUCUGGCCAUGAGAAGCAAAGACCGGACGCGGUAGUGACCUCUCUAUGUGAGAGCACUAGUCUUCCACCAAUGUGGCCUGUGAUCAACUCACAGGCAAUCAGUCGUCAUAUCAUCUCCUCCUUCAGCUUGGGACCAAUUUAUUAUUUUUUUUUUUACUCAAAUGUUGUAACAUAAGAUAUGUAUUUUUUAUCUUGUGUGGAAAAAAAGACUAUUAUUAUUAUUAUUAUUAUGAAUUUGUUUGAAUUACACACUGAGCUUAGUUGAGAUCGUGAGUGAUCUUAGAUAAACCAGCCUUUAAUUAGCUCCUUAACGGCAGUUACGAAAUUUUGCAAUACCGUAAAUUAACUUUUACUUAAUUUUACCUUACUUAGUUUUAGUUAUGUAAGUGAAAAAGUGGAGAUUAGUGAUCACCCGCUGAAUGUCUAGGUGAGCCAGAGUAAUCUUUGUAGAAUAUUAUAGGUAACCUUUAGAAUGAAAUCAGGCAAGGAAGAAACGCAAAUGCUACAGCUGUAUGGUCUACCUUGUGACAAAUGAGAUAAUUUGCAACACCCACUUCUUAUUUCUCCAAACAGCAAAGCAAAAACUACAGCUAUAACUACCCCCACAUUCAGGAUGAGACGAGUUCCUUUACUCAGUUGGUUUGGAAAAACUCUCAGUUUCUCGGAAUAGGAUGUGCUCUACGCAAAGGACUGCUCGCUAAUGACGUGUUCAUCGUGGCCCUAUAUAGUCCUCCAGGAAAUGUUGGCGAUGGAGUAUCGAUCAACGUUCUUCGUCCAGGCCCAAGAGAGAUUUUAAAAGCUGAUGUUUACUCAAGUGUAUUCAGGAGAUUCAAAGUGACCAAAGACGCAGAGCAGACUGAUGACAAAGAAAGGACUAAUAAAUUUUUUGAUUAA